AUGUCGACAGUUGAGGAUGAGCAGUCUGCAGUCCCGAUCAACCGCCAGGACCAAGCACAUCUCCUCAGCAUCACACCAGAACUCAUGCUGAUCAUCUAUGAUUACGUCUUCGCAGACCUAAUUGCAAGAGCAAAAGACGCCACGUCCCAAGCAGAAAUCACGGGGAUUCUCCAGCCCACGAUCAUUCACAUCUGCAGAACAAUCCGCCGCGAGAUCGAUACCAAGUUCGGUAGCCUACUGGUAACGAUAUCAGGCGUCAUCAAGGAGCCACUAGACAAGGUGCCGGCAGCUCUCGAUGUUGACCUGACGCAAUACAACUCAGGCCUGCCAACAGUCGCCAAUAUCGACAGUCUCAUGGUGAAGGUGGAGCAUGUACAAGCAUUAGUUCUCGAGGUGGGAAAGAAGAUGGAAGUGUUGAUGAAGAUUUCGGAUGCGCUUCCAGAUGAUGACGAAGGCUUUGCUAUCUCGGCUCGUGAUGCAAUGCACCUAUUUGCGCCCUUGGAGGAGAUCAUGGAGUCGCCUUAG